AUGAAGGAAAGUCAAAUAGUAUGUGAAUUUAUUGAAGAUGUGAUGAAGCUAGUGAAUCAGAUCAGACUUAUGGGAGAUUCUUUUACAGAUGUAAAAGUGGUGGAGAAAAUUAUGAUGAGCUUACCAGAGAGGUUUGACACUAGAGUUGCUUCUCUAGAGUUGGUAAAGGACAUCUCAGAACUCACAAUUUCAGAUUUAGAUAAUGCCUUGGCAGCUGAUGAAGAGAGAAAAGCAGCAAAUAGAGAUGAAAGAGUUGAUCAUGUUUUAUCUGCUCACAUGAAAGGCAAAGCUCAUGUAGAUUCUUCAUUUGGAAAGAAUCCAAAUUAUAUCAAAGAAAAAGAUAAAGCUAGUAUUCCUACUGGAAGUUUUCAUAAUAGAAAAGAAAGAGUUUGCAAGAAUGAAGCUGAUGCAAUAGAUAAGAAACCUCAGGUUGCAAAACAAGUUGAGAAAGCUAAAGUUGCAGAGGAAGUCUUGUUUAUGGCUACCACAAAUUCUAGUUCUACAGAUGAAAAUCAAUGCCUUCUUGAUAGUGCUUGCUCAAAUCACAUGACUUCAAAGGUUGAGUUAUUUUCUGAAAUUGACACUAAUUAUUGUUCUUCAGUAAAAAUAGGAAAUGGUUAUAUAUUUCAAUCUACAGGGAAAGGCACAAUUUCAAUUCAAACUGCUCUAGGCACAUAG